AUGCAGUUCACCUACGCAACCCUCCUCAGCGUCCUCUCCGCCGUCGCCCACGCAAGGCAGUGCGAGAUGAAAGCCACCGUUUCCAACGGUCAGAUCCAAUCCUGCGGCUGGGGACCCUGCAACCCCAUAGGCUCGGACAACGGCAACGCCAUCCUGCUCAUCGAUGGCGAGCAGAAGUGGAACGGCGGCAGCUACGGGGAUCUCAGCCUCGGGGACGGCACCGACUUUGACGCGGACGGCGUCACGGGUCACAUCCAAUCUAUCGGCCUGCCGGCGCGGGGUGACAACCCACGAUGUGAGAUCCUCCGGGACGGCCAGGAUGCAAUUACGGCGGAGGGGACCGCGAGCUCUUGGGGUCUUCCAGGGACAUUUGGGCAGAGGCUGUCUUGCGAUUUUCUGUGGGACUGCUGA